AUGGCUUCCUCAAGAUGGAUAAGGCCUGAGGUGUUUCCACUCUUUGCAGCUGUUGGCGUAGCGGUUGGCAUUUGCGGCAUGCAGCUUGUUAGGAAUAUAUGCACCAACCCAGAAGUCAGGGUGACCAAAGAGAACAGGUCUGCAGGAGUGCUUGACAACUUUAAGGAGGGUGAGAAUUAUGCAGAACAUCGUUUCAGGAAGUAUGUCCGAAAUAGAACCCCUCAGAUCAUGCCAUCUGUCAACGGUUUCUUCUCAGAUCCUGAUCUUCCAACUAACUAA